AUGACCGCGCAAGCGUUGGUAGCUGCGAUCGUGGCGAAGGGCGAUGAGAUCCGUCAGCUAAAGAGCGACAAGAAAGACUUCCAAGCUCAGCUGGCUGAGCUGAAGAAGCUCAAGGACGAAUACAAGUCGGCGACGGGCGAGGAGUACAAACCCCCAGCUGCCCCGAAAGCGGCCAAGGCGGCGCCUGAACCCGCCAAAGCGGACGGCGAAAAGUCCAAGAGUCAGCUGAAGAAGGAGAAAAAGCUUGCGGAAAAGGCUGCUGCCUCGUCGGCUCCCAAGGAAAAGGCCGCGUCCAAGAAGCCUGCAAAGCCGUCGGCGACUGCCAAACCUGUCGACGCGACCGCCGCGAUCCCAUCGGGGGUCGACCUCGUCAUGCGGCAAGCCAAGUACGCUCAUCACACGGCAUUGCACGGUGCGUCGAGCGGUCAGAAGGUCACGCCUUGGGAAGUCGAAGCGGAAGGCGGCGUCGACUACGAAAAGCUCGUGGACACGUUUGGGUGCUCCAAGUUGACUCAGGACCUGGUGGACCGCGUCGAGAAGCUCACGGGGGUGCGCGCGCACCGGUACCUCCGCCGCGGCUAUUUCUUUGCGCACCGCGAAUUCAACGAGAUCCUGGACCUGUACGAGAAGGGCCAAAAGUUCUACUUGUACACGGGGCGCGGCCCUUCGAGCGGCAGCCUCCACUUGGGCCACUUGAUUCCGUUCUCAUUCACGGCGUGGCUGCAGAAAGCGUUCAACGUGCCCCUCGUGAUCCAACUCACGGACGACGAAAAGUUUUUGUUCAAGGACCAAACGCUCGACGAAAGCGAGAAGAUGGCAUGGGAAAACUCCAAGGACAUCAUCGCGUGCGGGUUCGACCCGAAGAAGACAUUUAUCUUUCGCAAUGCAGACUACAUCGACACGAUGUACCCCGAGAUUCUCAAGAUUCAAAAGUGCGUCACGUACAACCAAGUCCGUGGCAUUUUUGGGUUCUCCGGCAGCGACAACAUUGGCAAGUCGGCGUUUCCGGCCGUCCAGGCGUGUCCAUCGUUCCCGCAGACGUUCCCGAUCCCGUUUAGCGGCCGCACGGACCUCCGGUGCUUGAUUCCGUGCGCCAUCGACCAGGACCCGUACUUUCGCAUGACGCGGGACGUCGCGCCCCGGAUAGGGUACCAAAAGCCGACGCUCAUCUUUUCCAAGUUCUUUCCGGCGUUGCAAGGCGCGUCGACCAAGAUGAGCGGCAGCAAUGCGUCCGCGACCAUCUACAUCUCGGACUCGGCCGACGUGGUCGCGGACAAGAUUCGCCGGUUCGCGUUUAGCGGCGGCGGCGAAACCAAAGCCGAUCACGAAAAGUAUGGCGCAAACCUCGACGUCGACAUCCCGUUCCAGUACUUGACGUUCAUGCUCGAGGACGACGCGGAGCUCGCGCAACUCGCCGAAGAAUACGGCAGCGGACGCAUGAUGUCAGGCGUUGUCAAGGACAGGUUGAUCCAAGUCAUGGCUGACACGAACGCAGCCUUCCAAGCCAAGCGCGCCGCCAUCACGGACGACCAAAUCCGCGAAUUCAUGCGUGUUCGACCGUUGGAGUUUUAA